AUGGAGCCAUCAUCCCCGGAGCCAUGGACAUUGGUCCAACAUACGAUCCCGGCAUUUCAAUCACGCGCUUAUCGGCGCGCUGUCCGCGAUCCUAACAACUCCAGACUCUAUUUGCAUGUGAACGAGUAUCGCAUCACAGACCCAGGGACAACUGAGCCAAAGGGAAUAACAAUAAUAUUUGCUCACGGCCUAGAAUCCACAAAGGAGCAAUACGAACCGUUUUUCAGUGACCUACUCAAGACCGUCCGUUCGGGAACUAGCAUCAAGGCCAUUUUCGCUGCAGAUAUUUACAACCAUGGACAAUCAUUCUUGCUCAACAAAGAUGAAAUUGGUGACGAGGCCGAAUGGCUCGAUCCGGGACGUGACAUUGUGCAGAUGAUCAAUCAUUUCCGCUCUCAAAAAGAUGAAAGUAGAGCAUAUAUGGCACCCCCGUUGGUUGGCAUGGGACAGUCCUUUGGUGCAGUACACGUCCUGGCUCCAGCAGCUUGGCAUCCACGCCUUUUCCAUGCAUUGGUAUGUAUUGAGCCCGUUGUCGAAAAUGGGUCGUGGCAUGAUGACGGCCAGGGUACGCGAGCUUCUACCCAGUUCCGAUACCGAUUACAUGAAAUGCAAACUUCAUGGCGAAACAUACGUGAAGCAAGAGAUUAUUUCGCCAAGUCUCCUUACUAUGGAGCAUUUGAGCCCCGAGUCUUCGAAAAGACAAUCAAAUAUGAGCUGUGGCGUCCGGAUCCCAUGAGUGAACGCGUGACGUUGGUAACGCCGAUAUUACAGCGUCUGGUAUGGUAUAUGAAACCCGAUCCACCGUAUGAAGGAAUUGCACCAACGGAGGAUUAUGCCACUCGGUCCGAGAAGAGUAUCCUUCCCGGUGGGUUUUAUAGGUCCGAAUGCGACAGAAUCAAAGACCUGAUGCUUGGCAUCCAUUGCAAGACUUUUUAUCUCUGGAGCAGGAACGGGGAUUGGAUUAGCGAUGCAGGCUAUCGAAAAAGAUUACUUGAUUGUACAGGUACAGGACGAGGACAAGUUACACACGCCUUUGUGGAGAAGGGAAGUCAUGCAUUGAACUUUGAGAAUCCGUAUGGAACAGCUGUACAAGUGGCGAAGUAUCUGGAUAGUAUAUGGACGGACUGGCUUGAUGAGGAGGUUAAGAGACUACAGGAGCCGGUGCCGAAUGCGGUCGAAUUGCCCAAGGAGUUAGUUGAGAGAUUGGAUAGAUAUCUUCUCGGGAUUAGGAAGGAUACCAAGAAGAGAAGUAACUUAUAG